UAGAGGUCUCUUGACGAAGCCGUCUUCAUGGUGCGAUUUCAUGACUUUAUUCUUUAGAAUGAAGCAUGUAAGGAUACUACAUUUGCUACUACUUUUUGUGUUUGUGCAUGCCUGCUUUGCACAAGCAGAUUUUGCUCCAUAUUUCUACGACAAUGGGCCCUACAGUUACAAUGGAAACCUGGCCUUGUUCAGCCUCUCAGAGGACACUGCUGUUGGUACACAAAUUUAUCGUCUUAAUGGCACAGAUCCUGAAGGCCAGGAGGUGAGGUACGGCCUUUCCUUUGAUCCAGGGUCCAAAGAGUACUUCAGGGUCGACCCCAAAUCUGGAAAUAUUACAUUAGUAGAAAAGCUGGACAGAGAGAAACAAGACUCUAUUGAUGUUCUUGUCAGCAUCACUGAUGGGCAAAGCAAGGUUGUGGAAAGAGUGACAAUAUUUGUAAUGGAUGCAAAUGAUGAAAAGCCCGAAUUCCAAAACAUGCCUGCGAUCAUUGAUGUACUGGAAACAACAGAGUCUGGAAGCAGUAUCUACAAAGUUGAGGCAGUGGACAGAGACACAGGCUCAGGGGGCUCGGUCACCUACUACCUGCAGAGUGCUCAGUCCACUCUGUUUGCCAUCGACAGACACAGUGGAGUCCUUCGUAUCAAAUCUGGAGAAAUGCUGGACUAUGAGAAAGCAAAGACACACUUUGUCAUUGUUAUCGCAAAGGAUGGUGGUGGUAGCUUUAAUGGGAAGGAGCAGUUUAUGUCCUCCUCAGCUACCCUGACGAUUAAUGUGAUUGAUGCUCAAGACACUCUGCCAUCUUUCAUUGGGACACCCUACUUUGGCUAUGUUUAUGAAAUCUCAGUGCCAGGAUCUGAAAUAUUCACUGUUGAGGCCCGAGAUGGUGAUGUGGGGAACCCAAAUCCAAUCCGCUAUUCAUUCGAUGAUGGUGAUGACGGUGUUUUUAGUAUCAAUAAAACAAGUGGUUGCAUCACCCUGUUGACUCUCCCCAUUUAUCUGAAGAGAGAAAUCUUCAACAUUAAAGUCAGGGCUUCAGAAGUAAGUCCUGAAGGCAGACUCAUGGACUAUGAGGUCACGACAGUGGUGAUCCGUGUUGUGGACCUAAAUAACAAUCCGCCUACUUUCUAUGGAGAGAACGGCCCACAGAGCACGUUUGAGUUGACCAUGUAUGAGCAUCCACCCGAGGGAGAGAUCCUCCGGGGGCUGAAAAUCACCGUCAAUGACUCUGAUCAGGGUGCAAAUGCUAAAUUCAAUCUGAGACUGAUUGGACCAGGAAGAAUGCUGCGAGUUGUCCCUCAGACUGUACUCAACGAGGCCCAGGUCACAAUCUUAGUAGAAGACUCUGCUGCUAUGGACUAUGAGAAAUACCAUUUUCUAACAUACAAGCUCCUUGCGGUUGAGAUUGACACACCAGAGAAAUUCAGCGCUACAGCAGACAUCGUCAUUCAUCUCCUGGACACCAAUGACAACGCUCCCAAAUUCUCUUCAGAUUACUACAUUGCCAGAAUUCCAGAAAAUUCACCCGGUGGCUCCAACGUGGUCACAGUCACGGCAUUUGACCCAGACUCAGGACCUUGGGGAGAAGUGAAGUACUCUAUCUAUGGAUCAGGGGCUGAGCUGUUCCUGAUCAAACCUGACUCUGGGAUCAUCUACACACAGCCAUGGGCAAGCCUGGAUGCUGAGGUGAGGUCCAAGUAUAACUUCUAUGUGAAGGCAGAGGACACAGAGGGGAAAUACAACCUGGCUGAAGUCUUUGUGACUGUGUUGGACUUGAAUGACCACUCACCUGCUUUCUAUGAUAACUUCCUUGAGAAGACCAUGGUCAUUGGAGCUCCAGUGAAAAUAGAGGCUGUGGAUGAUGAUGCAGAGGUCCCCAACAACGUUAUCGAGUAUGCCAUCAUGAAAGCUGAGCCAGAAAACAAUAUCUUUGACAUUAACGCUGACACAGGCGAGAUCAUGCUGAAGUCCUACAUCAAGUCAAUGGCCAUCAUUCAGAACAUCACCAAGAAGAGAGACUGCACCUGGUCGCUGGUGGUGCAGGCCCGUGACCGAGGCCAUCCAUCCCUCACCACCACCGCCGUCGUCAAGAUUGACAUCACUGAAGCUACUCAACUCAAAGGGGGGCCUUUGGGAUCAUUUUUAAUGCAGAAUAGAAACAAGCCUUUGCAAAUCCUAGGUAUGCUUGCUGGUAUCAUUAGUCUCAUGAUCAUAGUGACGGUCCUCAUCUCCACCGCAACAUUCAUGCGCAACAAAAAGUCCAACCGGAUCCUGCCCAAUCGCCGCGUGAAGAGAAGGCCGAAGACACAGCACACCUGGCUUUUUAAAAACCCCUUAAAGAGACCCGAAACGAACGAACAGAAAUUUAAGGUUAAAGAGGAAGAGCGGGAACCAGAGGUAAUCGUGGAGAAUGUCAACCACAACAACAACGCUGGCAGGAUUUUGAGACGGUGGCCACCGCCCCCUCCACCCUGUGCACCUCCACCACCUUUUUGCCUCCCGGUGGAGAGGCAGUGGGUCGUCCCCACAGUCUCAGCAACCGUGGCACCCAAACCUCUAAAGAAGGCAGUGGUGACCAGGCAGGACUCUGUGAACAAAGCGCUGGUUUCAGAGCUCAAGAUGAAGCUGGAGCAGAAGAGAAAGUCAGGUCAUUAAUACUAUUUCAUCAAUCUCAGCACAAGGUUCUAUUUUUACCCUCAGAACUGAGGCCAUCCCAAGAACUUAGAAGGGACAGACAAUCAGACAGAGUUUCAUUAAGUCCUGUGUGAUGAUAAAAAGCUUCAGAGCAGCCAGCAAAUGAACCUGAAGGUGGGAUUGUUGUGUAGACUGAUGCUUUCAUAAGCUACAUUAACAGUGCU